UUUCCACGGCCGCGCCUACCGCCAACACCACCGCCGCCCGAUUUCUCCAACGACAUAAACCCCAAAUCCCCGCCGCAACCCCGGGGUACAACUUACACCAUGCAGGUGUACGGGAUUCCAAAGCCCGGCACCCCGAUGUCCAACAUGGAGCUUCUCCACUUGGAGUUCAGCAAAACAGUCCAAUGUGAGAAAGAGGUCAUGCCCUACCUCGUCGCGUUGCUGCUCGAAGAUGGCGGUCUCGAUUGGGACGUCACGAACGCCGCGGUCAAGCACGUCCUCGAGGACGCCCCACUGAGGUUGUUCGUUGACCGCACCACAAAAGACCUACAGGUGCGCGCAGAGCAGGCAAAGCGCGAGGUUCUCGGAUCUCGUCUCGUCGUCACCAGCAUCGCUGCAGACGCCGGCCUCCGCGAUGUCAUCUCGGCUUUUCAAGGGCGUUUGUCUACUUGUGCUUAUACCAUCACGCUCCUCAGAGAGAGGAAGCCUGUUGCGCGCACCCAGACUGCCUGGGUCGAUUUCUCUUCACGCAAGGCCGCGAUUGAAGCUGCGAGCGUCAAGAGGCUGAACAUCUUCGGCCUUUACGCGAAGGUUUCCCUGGCCGUAGAAAACUACAAAGACUAG